AUGGUCGAGAAGCGAACGGUGACAACUCGUGGAAAAUUUCUUCACGUUGACCAUCUUCUAAGAUCCACUACGCAGACCGAUACUAUGUUGGCUACGACUGAGCAAGACGAGCACCGCAUACAUGAACCACGUCGUGACCCAGCGGAGCACGUAUAUAGCACAGCUUGUCCUCAUGAAUUUCGGCUGGGCAGACGAGAAACUACAUCAUCGAUAGGCCAAUCAUCUUCAGUUCGACUGGAGGAACUAGUGGUCCAUCUAAGUGAUUCUGUUUACGAGAUGUCAGCUAGAGCUACCACGAGCUCACAAAGUUUUCCAUUGACGGUGCGUUCUUCCGUGCGAAUUGGUACCGUGACGCAACAUGCGAGCACCCUCCAGUUUACCUACCAGCCGCGAUACAGCUCAAUAGUACGGAGUGAGGCUACUAUCACUCCAUACAGCAACCCAGUCAAGUGGAAGACUAUUAAUGUGGACAGCGCGGUUCUGGAAUUGAUCAAGCACAGUUAUAUUUAUAAUCUUUAUGAUGAGGUCUCAUUGGAAUUCACCGUGACGUGGUCCCGUCAAGAGGAAUCGUUGAAUAGUACUGGUCGCGAGGUGGAUAACCUGACGAGAGCAGUGAUGCAGAUGCGCACCACAAUACUUGAUCCUUGCAAACGGCCCUCAAUCGAUAUCACUCGAUUGAUCUUCCGUUCAAAAGGCAGCGGAGCGGUCAAAAAUUUGUAUGUUCCAAGUCAUAUACUGACACAGUUUGAAUACUUUCAGAGAUAUUACCUAAUCGCCUUAUUUUCAAAAGGCCACUCACCAGAAUACUCUGAGACUCAAAAUGUGGAUGAAUCACAGCAUGAAAUGAAGGAGACAGAGAUUCCCAGUGAAGAUUUUUAUAUGGACGAUUCCGACGAGGAAUGGGAUGGUGAUUCAGACACUGCUGAACCAGAAAAGACGACAAACAUAUCAAGCAUUUAUCGACUAUGCAAUUUGUGGAAAUACUGUGACACGCUUCCAUUUGAAGAAUUGCCCGAAAAGCAGGUAACUCCUUGGCCUGAGUGGGCCGAAGCUCACCACACCUCUCAUACCAUCGUACCAAGUUUCAGAACACUCACAAGUCCAAAGAGUAUGUACCGCCUGGCCGAUAUGUUGAUCAUUCCCGAACUCAAAGAGAUAUGCCACCAACAAAUCACAGCCUGCCUGGAGAAGUGCUCUGUGAUCUCUGAAAUACAGAGUCCACUUUUUGAGCAGCACCAAGAGCUUCGUUUGUCGGCCUAUAAAAAGAUCAACGAAGACUGGCGAUCAUUCUCCAGCACUGCGCUUUCUCCUCUCAUCAGAUAUCUGUCAGAGGAGGAGUCUGUUAUCAUUCUCAACUACCUACUUCGAGACUCCUAA